AUGUCGGGCUUGUUGGAAAGAGCCCGAAGUGUGUUCAAGCGGCGACCCAAGAAUGAGGAAGACGACGAUGAGAGCCAGUUCGACGACCAGCGAGACGACCGCUUCGACGACGAUGAGCGCUUUGACCGGGAUGAUCGAGGACCCAUCUCGCCGGUUGUUGGACCAAAUGGUGUCGAGACAACCCGUCCGCAACAACAUCAUGGCCAACCGCAUCACGCCCAGCCGCAGCAUCACCCCAACAAGCCCGGACAGCAUCAUGGCCAUCCUCACCAGCCGGCAAACCACCACCCUCCACGCCCACAGACUGGAGACGGACAGCAGCCGCUCCCUCAAGUCCCGGCCACUAGAUCUGGCCAGCUUGAGAUUGCACUGCACAAUAAUACCAACUCAAGUACCGUCUAUGCUUCCAUCACCGGCCAAGCCAUCGACCGCAACAACGCCCUCUUCCUCCUCUCCUCCGACGCUGAAACACCCUACUACCCGUCCAGCCCCUCCGCGACCGGCACCAAACUCGCCCAAGACAUCUCCAUCCAACUCGGUAGACCCGGCAACACCGUCUACGCCACCAUCCCGCGCCUCGCAGGCGGACGCAUCUGGUUCUCCAUCGACCGCCCUCUCGUCUUCGCCCUCAACCCGGGGCCUGGUCUCGUGGAGCCCUCCAUUUUCAACAACGCCGAUCCGAACCACAGCACCAACUUCGGCUUCGCAGAGUUCACCUUCAACUCAUUCCAAAUCUUCGCCAACAUCAGCUACGUCGACUUCGUCGGCCUGCCCGUCGCGCUUUCCCUCGAAGACACCAACGGCAGCACGCAGCACGUUUCCGGCAUCGGGGCUAACGGGCUCGAGACCAUCGCGCAGGGCCUCAGGGCCCAAACAGCCAAAGACGGCCGGCGCUGGAGUUCCUUGAUCGUGCCUAGGAAUAACGGCCAGACUUUGCGGGUCUUGAGUCCGAAUUCCGCUAUCCUACUAAAUCCGUCAUUUUUCCAGACAUACUGGACCGACUACGUCAAUGCCGUUUAUGAUCGGUAUGCUUCGCAGCGUUUGACAAUCGACACGCAAGCCUCGUACGGUAGAGUCAGCGGGCAAGUCGUGAACGGAAACCUGAACUUCGGCGCUGGAGGCACCUUUCCACGCCCAACGGCGGCGGAUAUCUUCUCCUGUUCCUCCGGACCUUUCGCGACAGGGAGUAACGCAGAGGCUAAUGCGAUCAUCCCCAGGUUGGCGGCAGCGUUCAACAGGAGUACGUUGUUGGUGAGUUCCGAGCAGCCGGAUGGGGUGGGGCCUAAGAGGUACUAUCGGGAAGCUACUACGAACCACUACGCCCGCAUCGUGCACGCCGCGAACCUAGACGGGCACGGCUACGCCUUCCCCUACGACGACGUGACGCCCACCGGUGGCGUGCCGCAGGAAGGAGCGGUGUUUAGUUAUAGUCCGGCGUUGAUGACGGUUUCGGUGGGUGGUAGGCACGCUCAUGCUUGA